UAUCCACUUGAUAGGCUCAGUCUCUCUUAAUCAGCCUGUAAUGGAGCUAAUGGCUGUUUGUCAUCCUUGGAGAUAUAAAUUUCCUGGCGGUGUCUCCUGCAGACAGUGCAUGAAGUAUGCUCUGUGUGCCAGCAAAGACUGAUAAUCAGCAGAAGGGCAGGGUGCUUCGUUAGCCAGGAGAAGAGCUGGGGCUCCCCGGCUGCCAGGCUACAGAACUCGCCUCGCCACUCCUGAGACAUGGACAAUGCCGUUGAUGGACUCGACAAAGCUUCCAUAGCAAACUCAGAUGGCCCAACAGCAGGCUCCCAAACACCUCCCUUCAAGAGAAAGGGGAAACUCUCCACCAUCGGUAAAAUCUUUAAGCCUUGGAAAUGGAGGAAAAAGAAGACCAGUGACAAAUUCAGAGAAACCUCAGCAGUAUUAGAAAGGAAGAUAUCCACAAGACAAAGUAGAGAGGAGCUGAUAAGAAGGGGCGUUCUUAAGGAGUUGCCUGAUCAAGAUGGAGAUGUAACAGUUAACUUUGAAAAUUCAAACGGGCACAUGAUACCCAUCGGAGAGGAAUCUACCCGAGAGGAAAAUGUAGUAAAAUCUGAAGAAGGUAAUGGCUGUGUAGCUGAAAAAACACCACCUCUGGAGGAAAAGGCAGAAGAUAAGAAAGAGAACACUGAAAACCACCCUGAAACACCGGCUCCUGCUCCACCUCCUCCAGCUCUUCCUAGGCCUAAACCCAAACCUAAACCCAAAAAAACACCGGGGCCUCCAAAAGGGGCUGCUGCUGGGGUAAGCCCCAAGGGUGACGAAGUGCCUCCUAUUAAAAAAAUUACCAAGGCUCCUGGUAAGCAGGCCCCCGUCCCUCCACCCAAGCCAGCAAGCCGAAACACGACCCGAGAGGCUGCUGGUUCCUCUCAUUCAAAAAAACCAACUGGGUCCAAAGCAUCAGCUUCACCAUCGACUUCCUCCACCUCAUCUCGUCCUAGAGCUUCAAAGGAGACACUUUCUAGCAAAACAGGGACAGUGGGAAUCACAAAGGGCAAGAAAAAAACCGGCAAGCAGCCAACCUCUCGACCGUCCUCAGAGGCAACCACUUCGGGCACAUCCGACCUUAGAGGAGACCCUUCUGAGACGAGGGUGGAGAGUCUCAAACCUGAGCAGACCGAUGAGCGGACCACAGGCAAACCCGAGUCUGCGGUGCCUCCACCCCCUGUGGCUUCACCCCCUGCUCCCCCCGCCCCUCCACGUACUCUCGAGGAGCAGUGCACUGUUGCCCCAGACACGCCUGUGGUCCUGGUCAGCGAUGGAGCUGCCCUGCCCACCCCUGCCUUAGACCCGAGUCAGCUUCUCUGGACCGAAGAGCCAACCAACAGAACCACUGUCCUCUCAGGCACUGGCUUAAGUGUUAAAGAAAAUGCAAAAUGCAGUUUUACAACCAAAGAUGAGCCGGGGAAGGCGGCACCUCAUCUGCUGACUCCUGGGCUGAUGGGAGAAUCUUCCGGAUCCUUCAGUGCCCCGGAGGAUGAAGGCCAAAGGGAAUACCAGGCCAAUGACUCUGACUCCGAUGGGCCUGUCUUGUACACUGAUGAUGACGAUGAUGAAGAGGAUGAGGACGAGGAUGGCAGUGGGGAAAGUGCUUUGGCAAGUAAAAUACGACGAAGGGAUACUCUUGCUAUCAAACUUGGCAACAGACCAUCUAAAAAGGAACUAGAAGACAAAAACAUCUUGCAGCGCACAUCUGAAGAGGAGAGGCAGGAAAUCCGGCAGCAGAUUGGAACCAAGCUCGUCAGGAGACUUAGCCAGAGGCCCACAACUGAAGAAUUAGAGCAAAGAAAUAUCCUAAAACAAAAGAAUGAAGAGGAAGAACAAGAAGCAAAAAUGGAACUUAAGCGCAGACUCAGCAGAAAGCUCAGCCUGAGACCUACAGUGGCCGAGCUCCAAGCUCGAAGGAUCCUGCGGUUUAAUGAGUAUGUGGAAGUCACCGAGUCUCCUGACUACGAUCGCCGGGCAGACAAGCCCUGGGCCAGGUUAACACCUGCAGACAAGGCAGCAAUAAGGAAGGAACUAAAUGAAUUUAAAAGCACAGAAAUGGAAGUUCAUGAAGAGAGUCGACAGUUUACAAGGUUUCACCGUCCAUAAAGAAGUGUGAGACUCUGGAAACAUAGACUGGUCAUCUUUGGGGGAAGCCUCUCUUCCUGAAAACCUGAUAUUGCACUGGGAUUUGAAUGUGUGUGUUUCCGUUUAAUUGGGGAAGGAAGUGUAUGGAAAGUGCUCCCCACCUAUACAGCCCAGAUAGGGCCAACAAGCAAAGGGACAGGUGCAGUGACUCUGCUGUCCAGCAUGUGUAUUGAUGGUAAGCAACACCAUGGUUAUACCGGUUAUUCUCCAUCAGGAGUUUUAAUCAAGGAAGAUGAGCAGAAGACAAUCGCUGGGUCCCUGUUACCAGAAAGCCAAAUUGUAGACUGCGGGUUAAAGAGACAUAUGGGGACUGGAAUUGCUGGGCACUGGAAAGGGGUAGGGGUUGAAAAUCAGAAAAGAAGAGAAAUAUUUCAUUAUGUUAAUGAAGAAAAGAAAAAAAAAUCAAGGCAUAAAUAUUUUUGAAGUAGGCUUUUGGUAGCUGAGAACUUAUUAAGGGAUUUUGGAAUCUAAUCACCCAAUGUGGAUUCCUUAAAGACCGGAUCCUAGAAGAAUAUUCCCGUUUCACCGUUAUGUUGGUGCAGUAUAGUACCAUUAUUUUAUGUUGUGCCAGUGAAUCCAAUUGCCAGAAAUAAGUCUGAGUGUUUUCAUGCAUCUUUUUCUUAAAUGCAAGAGAUGUUUAUUGACUCUUAACAAGCAUGCCUGCCCAAAUUUUGUUGCAUGUUUCAAGUAACAGCUAUAUACACACUUUUUAUUUUUUUAUACUCCUUAUCUAAUGUACCAGACUUCUACAAGGAUAACAGGACUGGGAAUAAAGUCAGAUGAAUGUGACCCUAUAAAUCUGUAGGAAGCUCUAGAAAUAAAUCUUUUGGUCUUUCCCUAGCUUGAUUAUCUUCAAAGUCAAAGCAACCAUGCUUGAUCUAAGGAAGAUAAUAUUGACAAUCACAACACCUUUUUCAAAAAAAAAAAAUCUGAAUCCAAAGUUAAAACUUAAAUGCAAGUGUUCUGCCAGCAGUUAUGUCUGAGUGGGCAUGGAAAGGACUACUCAUUUUCAAGGCUGCAUUAAGUUGGAUUGCUGCUAUUAAAAAAAUUAAGUACAUGGAUCAAAAAAAUACUCAUCCAAAGGCUUAAAAGAACACAGGGAAUUUCCGCUAAGUGGCGAGUGAGGAGGACCUCAUUUUAUAUUUUAAGAGUCUGCAGAUUACAUCCGUAAAUAUAGCAUUGACUUUCAGUGCAAAAGAAUCAGUGAGCUUAAAGUUUGGAAGUCAUGGAAGGUUUCUCUGGGAGUCUACACUCAGUAUUGAGACACCCUCAAUUGCCAUCUUGCCGUUUUUCAUGGAGUCACAGGCACAGCAUGGCUUCUGCUCCCAAACACAUAUGAUCAGAUGUAAAUACCCCUUGCAUUUAAUUGUUCUUUCAUGAUUGUUUUGUGCUCCUUGUAUUAAAAACACAUGAGACAUAUACUAACAAGACAGGACACGGUAGACUAUUUUAUUCUCAGCACUCAGGCUAGAAUUUUCUGAAAUGUUUCUGGUUCAUAAUAUGGAAGACUGUAAUUUGCAAUUUCAACCAAAAUAGCAAACAUUUAAUCUGGGGGAUAAGUUUGGAUCCUGUCGUUCAUUUGUAUUUUACAGAACCACUUGAAAUUGAAUGAUUUUGCUUACAAAUAAAAACUUUUAGCCCCAGUUGGCCUGUUACAAAAAGCUGGGACCAUUUUAUAACCAAAAAAAGAAGUUGCCCUUCUUGCUGCACUCAGCUGUGUGCACUAAAAAACCCAGAUUCUUCCCUGUUGUCAUUUUAGUACUAGUACAAGAUGAACUUUUGCUUUUGAAGAAAAAAAAAAAUUCUGCAUGCCCAAGUGUUUUUUCUUUCUGGCUGAAAGGUUUGCCCAGGUCACGGUGCUUCGAUCCAGCCAUGGGCGUUAAGUUAGUGCUGAUUCUUGCCCAAGUCCUCCCUUUCCUUAUAAUAUUAUGAGAUGAUCACUUUUGUGUCUUGGGGAAAAGUCCAAGGAAUGUAAUGUUAUUUUAAUUUUCUAAUCUUUAAAUAUUACCUUAAUUUCUAGUCACAAGGCCUCUAUAAAAUGCUAAAUACAAGGCAUUUAUCACUGUUUUGGCACUCAAGAUACAGGUCAUGGCAGGUCUCUAUUUGGUUGAUAAAAGGAACAAUUUUUUCCCCAUUCGUGGUGCCUGUGAUGCAGUUUU